CUAGCCCGACGGACCUGCUCUGUUCCCUGGCCCCCAGGCUCUCCCUCCCCUGACCGCGGCGGCGCGGCGCAUCCGAACGCGCCUCGGUCUAGAAUUCCAUCCUGGGCAGUCUGCACCCGCAACCACGUCUCUCAUCCUCCUUCCGCCGCCGCCAUUCUCAUCUCCCCCGCACUGUCGUGGAACGGGAUCCAUCUGGACUCGAAAUUUCCUCUCUCUCGCUGAUUAGGUUUUUAAAUUGGCUGAAAUAAAAUUCUUUGCCCGACGGAUAUAACAAGGCCUACCUGAGAAGGAGGUGCUCUUGUGCAAGGCGAAAAGUUGCUUUCUGUUUUUGCCUUGUUGGUCUCUUUGCAGCUGCAGGGACAGGGACAGUAAACACUUUAGUGGGGGACACUAUCAGUAUAUCUUCCUUUUGCUGUUGCAGGGGUUGUACCUUUGGUGUUAACUAUUUGUACGGUGUGCAGAGUUUAGGCUAAGUAACAGAAUGCAGAUAUUCAUUUAUCCUUUGCAGUAGGAGAAAUGUUAAAUUCUCCCAUGUCGUUUACAAUUUAUGCUCAUUUUAUUCUGUUAUUAACAAUUUGAGUUAGUGUGCAGAUUAGGCCAUAGGAAGCGGUUGGGAUUAGUGUUAUUUUGCAAGAACUCCAGACCUGUUAUGUCUUGGGACUGCAGGUCUGAGUAGCUGCUCCUUUUUUGGGCAGUUAACCUCUGUUCAAAAUGAAUGGGUAAAUAUGCUUGAUGCUAAUGUGUUGGUAAUAUUGUAAACUAAAUACAGUUCAUGGACAUAGUUGAACUUACUUUGCUGAUGAUAUUUUCUCUUUUGUCAUCUUCACAUGUGUGGUGACAACAUCACUUGAAGCAUAUCUUGUGUUGAUGUCACUGAUAUCUUGUGUUAUUACAUUGUCCAUCAAUACUGCAAAGACCAAUUAAAGUUUGGGGGGCUUUCAUGUAUCAGGGAGCAAUCCGCUGCAUUUAGAGGGUUAAUGAUCUGUUAACAUAUUCUCUGCAGGCUUCUAAUCAGUUGGACCUAUUCUGAAUCAUGGCGGAGCACUUGGCUUCGAUAUUUGGUACAGAGAAAGACAGAGUCAAUUGCCCAUUUUACUUCAAGAUUGGGGCUUGCCGUCAUGGUGAUCGUUGCUCCCGUCUCCAUAACAGGCCAACCAUAUCACCGACUCUUGUGCUGGUUAACAUGUAUCAACGCCCUGACAUGAUCACCCCUGGGGUUGAUGCUCAAGGCCAGCCAAUUGAUCCUCGCAAGAUGCAGGAGCAUUUUGAAGAUUUUUAUGAGGAUAUCUUUGAAGAACUGAGCAAAUUUGGUGAGAUUGAGAACCUCAAUGUAUGCGACAACCUUGCUGAUCACAUGAUAGGCAAUGUCUAUGUCCAAUUCAGGGAGGAAGAUCAGGCAGCUGCAGCUCAUACAGCCCUUCAAGGCCGCUUUUACUCUGGUCGCCCAAUUGUUGUUGACUUCUCCCCGGUUACUGACUUUCGUGAAGCAACCUGCAGACAGUAUGAGGAGAACAGCUGCAAUCGUGGCGGAUAUUGCAAUUUUAUGCAUGUGAAGAAGAUUGGUAGGGAUCUGAGGAAAAAGCUCUUUGGGCAUUACAGGAGACCAAACAGGGGAAGGAGCCGCAGCCCUAGCCCACAUCACAGGAGGGAGCGUCGUGACCGAGAUGAUUACCGUGGCGGCGGUGGCCGUGGCCGUGAUGACUACCAUGGUGGCGGUGGUCGUGGCCGUGAUGACUACCAUGGUGGCGGCGGUGGGCGCAGGGGUGGAGGCAGCAGGUCUGAAAGGUACGAUGAUGGAGGGAGGCGCAGGCAUGAUGGCAGCCCCCCUCCCAGGCGUGCAAGAAGCCCUGUCAGGGAGAGCAGUGAGGAGCGCAGGGCUAAGAUUGAGCAGUGGAACCGUGAGAGGGAGGAAAAACAAGGGUGAGCAUUGCUAGUGCCUAGUGCCCUUCAAGGCAGGCAAGGCAGACAUUAAGUUGUCGAAAUGUUUACUGGUAGUGCCGUUCUAUGCUGUGUGUGCCUGUGUGGCCUGUGGGAGAUUGCUAUGUUGUCAGAAUUGUGUUAGUUUGAUGAUGCGAAGUGUAGGGCAAGGAUUCUAAUUUAUUUUGCCCAUUAAGACUCGGAAACUGCCAUUUGUGUGUUGCAAAAAACAUUGUUGUUUGGCGCUUGUGCGUUUCACACAAUUCUACAAUGCAACUUUCGUAUCAUGACGUAUGAUAA